CCGAAAGUCAUCUCAAACAAGCCUAAUGCGCUUUCGGCCGAUGAGACGUGAGACGUGGCCACUGUGGGAUGUACGUGUAAAACCUCUCUGCCGCAUCAGCUGAAGCGUCCAGCUCAGCUGCGCUGAAACUCGGGGCUGGAUGGCAGGGACUGUCUGGAGUAAAAACUGCAGGGAUCUCCGCUGGUGUCCUGGCCUGCCUUGGUUGCGAUCUCUGCACAGCCUGGAAGAGAGAUGAGAGUGCGAGCUUGGAGGCCCGGUUGGGGUUUAGCUGUGUUGCUCAGUGGCACGGCCCUGCUGUAUGUGUCCUCUGGGGUUUCCAGCCACAGACCCAACGCCAAAAAGAUGUCUCAGGCCACUGUGAUGCAGGCCGCAGCAGCGAGAACAGGGACCUGGUGCACGGAAGAGCUUUUGAGCUUCCGGGUGCUCUCAGAGCUCUUUGUGUGGGAGAGGGCCGACAUCUGGCUCUUCUCCCUCGUAGGCUCCAUCAUCGUGGGGCUCAGUGGGAUCUUCCCCCUGCUUGUCAUCCCCAUCGAAGCUGGGGCUGCCCUGAAAACAGAAGCUGGGUGCCGGAGGUUGAAGCAGCUCCUGAGUUUUGCCAUUGGUGGUCUUCUGGGAGAUGUCUUCCUUCACCUCCUUCCUGAGGCCUGGGCCUACUCCUGCAAACCAGGGGGGAGCCAUCAGCAUCACAAGACCCAAGGUCUGUGGGUGAUCCUGGGCAUGCUGUCCUUCCUAAUUCUCGAGAAGAUGUUCCCAGAUGAGGAUCGCCAGGAUGAUGCCAGGACCCAGUGCUCCUCUAUCUCUGCAUGCACAGUAGUAAAUACACAUUCAAAGACCAGCUGUGGACAGAUGAGCAGUCCUCAAGAGAUGUGGCUGGCCUGCAGCAAUGGUCACUCGACUGAAAAACCAAAGAUCCCUUCACAUCAAGAGACGGGGAAAAUUAAGACCAGUGGAUAUUUGAACCUCCUGGCAAACUGCAUUGACAACUUCACUCAUGGACUGGCAGUGACUGGCAGCUUCCUGGUUAGCAGAAAAGUAGGUUUCCUAACAACCUUUGCCAUUCUCCUCCACGAAAUUCCUCACGAGGUCGGGGAUUUUGCCAUUCUACUGAGGGCUGGCUUUGACCGGUGGAGUGCUGCCAAAAUGCAGCUGUCCACUGCCCUGGGCGGGGUACUGGGUGCCUGCUUUGCCCUCUGCGCACAGUCGCCCAAAGGAGCAGAAGAUUCAACUGCCUGGAUCCUACCAUUCUCAUCAGGUGGCUUUCUCUAUAUUGCUCUGGUCAGUGUUGUUCCAGAUCUUUUGGAGGAAACCAACCCCAGACACUCCCUCUUGCAGAUCCUGCUGCUAUGUUCUGGAAUUGCAGUCAUGGCCCUCAUGUCGGCAAUUGUGGAUUAACUUCAAAAAGGGUCAAAGGGACGACCUCUUCCCAUUUGAGGGUCAUCCACUGUGGACAAAAUGGAUCCUUGGCUUUAAUAACUUCAACAGGACAGUGGUUUCUGGAAACUGUUAUUCCACUACAGGGUGGAUCUUUCAGGCUCAGGAACAGUUGAAGCCGCAACAUCGAAAUUGAAAUGAACUGACAGUCGGAGGCUGAAAGAGGACCUGAGCCUGGCUUGUUGGUUCAUUCCACAGAUCUAAUCUGCAGUAUUUCAGGCCCCAUCUCCUUCAAGUUGUACAAAAUGGCUGGGGGGCACCAGAUGGAGGAAGUAGCAUGUGGUAAAUGCAAAAAGCCAUUGUAUUUCCUCUCACUAAUUUGAAAUAAUGAAACGUGGCAUAUAGCCCCACAGGGCAGCUUCUGAAUGCGCAAACAAAAAGGAAAAAAGGAUCCACCACUCUACUAAUCUAUGUCUCCAUAUAGUACUUUCACUCAUACACGUACACAAAGGUUCUAUAUGAAAUUUCUAUCUUCCUGUCUCUAUCACCCUGUUUCCCUCUCUUCUGCCACUGUCGCUCCUGUUUUCUUUUUUUGCCUCUCUUACUCUUCCUUUUUCAGUCUGACUCUCCCUUGACCUACCUUCCAUCUUUCUUUGGCUUGCUCACUCGCUCUCUUACUCUCACGCACAUACAUGCACACACAUAUGCACAAAACAAACACAUUUGUACAAGUUUUGCCAUCGCAUUCAGUCAUAUAGUUGCAAAUAUUAACAGCAGCUUAUGCUGUUUUGCAAUCUUUUUGUUUUGUCAGUUAUGGGCAUAUUGUCCUUACCUGGGUUUAACACAUGUAUCCUCAAAGGAAUAGCACAAGGAACUAUCAUAGCAUACAGUCCAAUCUAUUAAAAUGUUUGACAACCAAGAUCGGAAAUCAUGUGCCUUUAGCAUACGGUCAAUACGCAAGAAAAUGUUAUCUCUUGUAAUGAUGUGUAUACACCAAAUUAAAUGUGUAUCUUGUGAAGUAAACUAGUCUUAUUGGCUUGUCCUAUUUGUAAUGACAUAUUCCUGUUACAGUUUAUUUUUUUGAAUGUGUUUGACAUUUCCAAAAUUGCAUACCUUGCACACAUUUCCUUUCAUUUGAUUUAAAACUCAGCAAGUAUGAUUGACAUGCCCAGUUACACCCUUCUUGUGUUAUUGAUUUUGUAUCAUCCUAGUAACGCUCGCUACAGUAUAUGAAAAGCACUGGUUUCAAUAAAUGAUUUUCAUGUAGGUGAAAGUUCUUGGUACUUGGUUCAUUUUUCUGUUGAUAAGCAAUUCAUGGAGCAAUAUUUAUGGUUUAUUUAAUGGAUAUUAAUGGCUGCUCCUGGCCCUUACUCUCUUCUGAGUGGGCAUUUAAACAUUUCACCUAAGGAAGUUUGCACCUUAAUUGUAUUUCCUUUUCUUUAUUUCUCAACAAAUGCUUAAAAUUAUGAAAAAUGUAUUUGUUUCACAUCUUUAUCCUGUUUGGUUAAUAAAGAUGUAUAUUUAAAUACAGUUUAUCUUUGACAUAUUUUUAUAUGAGCAUGAGUAGAAAUAAAUGUCAAAGAUUUGAACAGGUACAUUUUAAUAAAUUAUGUUUCCAUGAUCUUA